AUGGCAUGGACAACCCGCGAGCUCGAGAUCUUGCAGACAACAUCACGAGUCUCCUCCGUAUUUUCACUGUUGGGGGCCAGCUUCAUCAUCAUCACUUUCUGCUCAUCAAGGUCGUUCCACAGGCCCAUAAACCGCCUAGCGUUUUUUGCAGCGUUUGGGAACAUCCUGACGAACGUGGCAACGAUAACAUCGAGAGAGGGAAUUACGCAUGGGAAUAGCUCGGGAUUGUGUAAAGCUCAGGCGGCAUUCAUUCAAUGGUUUAUGCCUGCGGAUGCGUUAUUUUGUCUAGCAAUGGCUCUCAAUGUCUACCUCACCGUCUUCAAAAAGUACACAACCAAACGUCUCAAGAAUCUCGAACUCACUUAUGUCCUUACCUGCUAUGGCAUUCCGUUCAUUCCCGCGAUAGUAUUCUUAUUCCCCAAAGACCAUGUAGGAACACCUAUAUAUGGGUCCGCAACACUCUGGUGCUGGAUCUCUAACGAAUGGCAAUUCCUUCGCAUCGCCGGCUUCUACGGACCAGUGUGGAUUGUACUCCUCCUCACCCUAAUUAUCUAUAUCCUCGCCGGCCGCGUAAUCUUCAACCUCCGAGACUCGCUCCGCAAAUUCGCCGGUGCCGAGCACACAAGCUCCAGUCACACAGGACCUACUAGAGACACAUUGGGUACACGGUCAUCGUCAGUGCGGCCCGGGUCGAUAUCUCCGGGGCCGGUACAUGACAGCGGGGUCCCGGCGGUGGUCAAUCCGCUCACAAGCUACUCGUGCACAAUAUCGUCUGGUAGCGGGGGGAAGGAGCCGCCUCUCACAGUUACGAGGACGAGGAAUAGCGGUGUGGAGGCAAAUACAGCGGCGUGGGCGUAUUGUCGGUGUGCAAUGCUAUUCUUUUUGGCACUGAUUAUCACUUGGCUGCCGUCAAGUAUAAACAGAAUAUACAGUCUCAUCCACCCUGACUCGACAAACUUUGGCCUCAACUUCGCCGCAGCGCUCGUGCUCCCGUGCCAGGGCUUUUGGAACGGGCUUAUCUACAUUGUCACCACCCUCCCAGCUUGUAAGGAGUUCAUGGGAAAUAUAUGGAAGAAGAUUGUGCUACCGUUUGAGGCAAUGCAAAGAAAGCUGGCCGCUAGUAGAAGACGUUCGAAGGCGAGUAGUUUGGAUUCAUUGAAUCCGGCUUGA